UCUCAGGUCCCCAACCGUUUGUUUUCAAAAUGGCGCCCGGUUGGAUACAAACUCUUUCAAAAGCAAUCUAACAUAAACCCGGCCAUUUUGCAAGCAAAAGUGCACUGAACUUAUACUAUGACAAAAGUAUAAGCCAAAGAAAUAUUUCGUCAAGCUUUUGGAACUUUAAUAUUCGACCAUGCCGCCCAAGAAAAAAGGGAAGGGGAAAAAGUCCGGUAAAAAAUCAGGAGGGAAGAAGAAGAAAGGCAAAAAGAGUGUUGUCAAGGAACCGAAGAUGACUGCAGAAGAAGCCAUCUUAUCCUUCCAAAUUGAAAUCAAGGAGAGGGCAAUGGAAGAUCUUUUGUAUGAACUUAAAGUCAUGAAGGACAAGAAUGAGCGACUUAAAGACAGGAACACAAGACUGAAAGAUGAGCAGUUAAUGCACAUCAAGACCCUGUUGAAGCAAGCCAAGGAAAAAGACAAGGAGGUUGAGAAAGCUGUCGAGGUGAACCAUGAGGAGGUUGAAAAAGCCUUGCUCAGCAAAUUUGACUUGAUCAAGUCAGAGGAACGUGAACUUCAAAACAAACGGGAGGAAAUUGAAAAAAAAGAGAAAGAGAUUGAAGAAGUGAGGAAGGCAAUUAGAAAGCGCCAAGAAUAUAGGGAUUAUGGUCGGCAUGAGCACGGUAAGCAGAUUGCUUUACUGCAGCAGGAACUGGAUGAGAUGGAAGAAUCUCACUCCGACAUAGCAGCUCAUAUCGAAAAAAGCCUGAAGAUUUCAAAGGAAGAGAUUGAGGCAUACACUGACAACACUUUGGCAAAGCAGAAAGACAUUGCCUCAGAGAAAGCUGCAAACUCAUUAGACAAGUACAGUAGGACAGAAAUACUUGAUAACAGAUGGCUGAAAAGGGAGGUGGCACUGCAUCAGGAAGGGCACACAGAGCUGGUUAAAAUUGUAGAGGACUUGGAGAAGACAAAUCUUGAGAUUAUGGCUGAGCUGUUUGACUGCAAGAUAGAUGACCUCAAGUUUACUCGAAAGUUCUAUCUUGCUUGUAUUGAAGAUGAGGAAAAUUCUGAUGAAGAGGAGGAGGGAGAAGGAGAAGAGAUCUUAGCUAAAGAAGGAAUGGUGGGAGAACAGACAGAAAAGCCAGACGAUCUACUUGAGAACUACUUUUUGCCUGGCGAGGAUAACUUUGAGGACUCUCCACGUCUUGGUCCAAUGGAGCUACAGUUGAUGACAGUUACAGGCAGACAGAUGCCCAUCCACAAAGUUGGCGAAGAGCACUGCAAUGCACUUGUGCCAGUCUCUAAUACUCCUUACCGACCUGAUGGCUACAGUGACCCAAAGAGCUGGCCAGUCACAAACCAGAUGCUACAGUCAAUGAUAACACAGUAAACAUUGUUUACCUGUAAAAAAUUACUAAAUUAUUUGACAUUUUAAGCAUUACAAAUUUUGUAUAUUGGAAAUUAUAGUAAUAGUUGUGGAAUUAAAGUUGUUUUGUAAAGUA